AUGGAAGCUGCCGUGGAAGCUGCCUCCAUCGUCAGUGCAGUUGUGCCGAUUUAUCGACGAACACAGGAUCUGGAAACGAUUCCGGGUGAGACUUGGUGGCAGCUGGCUUUCGAAAUUCCUGGAAUCGGUUCCAACAAGCCGUGGCACUUGUCCCUCAGAGCCGGGCGGGUGCGGGCUCCUCAGGUCCCUGCCUCUGUCAAGACAACAUACAAGUCUGCAGAGUGUAGGCAGCGACAAAGAAAGACGCGAUACGGUUUGCGUGCGAUCGCGUGGCGGAUGUCCGAAGCUACGGCAGAGGAGCCGAACGUCGCAGGUGGCCCUGCAGGCCUGGCGGCAGCGAUCCGAGCGAAGCAGGUGGCGCAGGCGGCGGGACAGGAGCUCAGCGCCCGGUCUGUGUUGUUGAGAAGGGCCAGGAUCCCAGCGGAAGAUCAAUUUCUCCCUGCAAGAGCACUUGCAGUGCCAGUGCCUCCCUCCGCCGAGGUGCUGAAAUCGGGGCACACAUUCUCUCCGGCAACGUCUUCGAGCCACGAGCUCUUCAGGAGCUUGGCAAGUGCCAUCUGGGCGGCAAAGGGGCCCUGGAACCUCCAGCACUCGGAUGUGCCGAAGCUGAAAUGUGCGCGGCGCAUUCAACAGGAGCUCUUCCCAGACUGGAAGGAUCGAGGAGCGCCAUUGGACACGCCGGUGACCAGUGAUUCGUUCUACUGGUUUCUUGAUCGCAGCCUGAGACUGGAGAUGACCGGGGCGGCAGUGCUUCCCAACGGGAAGCACGCGGUGCCCAUGCCUGGCCCCCUUCUGCACAUAGCGCCGGAGAUGCGGCAGAAGGGCAACUACGUGAUCUCCUUGGGGCAGCUGUGCCGGUGGCUCUCAGAGCAGGCGGAGGAGGUGGGCGUCGAGAUUUAUGCAGGCUUUGCUGCAGAUGCCCCCGUCUUCGUGGAUGGUGCCCUUGCUGGCGUACAGCUACGGGACGUGGGCAUCGGCAAGGACGGCAAGGAGAAGGACACCUUUGAAGCAGGCAUGCAUCUGCUUGGCAAGCAGACCAUCCUUGCCGAAGGCUGUCGGGGCUCCUUGAGCGAGAUGCUGAUGAAGCAGUACAACCUUAGAGAAGGUGUAUCCCCACAGCACUAUGGCCUCGGUGUGAAAGAGGUCUGGGAGAUCCGCCCAGAGAACCACCGCGCAGGAACGGUAACGCACACGGUUGGUUGGCCGCUGGACAUGUGGAGCUAUGGUGGCUCUUUCAUCUAUCACAUGAAGCCAAACCUGCUCCACAUAGGUAUGGUGGUUGGCCUCGAUUAUGCCAACCCCUACAUGAGCCCCUACCAGGAGUUUCAGCGCUUCAAGCAGCAUCCUCGAGUCCAGGCCCUUCUCGAGGGCGGCACCUGCCUCUCCUACGGCGCGCGCUGCCUUAACGAGGGCGGGGCCCAAGCGGUGCCCAAGCUCACCUUCCCUGGAGGGAUGCUCACAGGCUGCAGCGCUGGGUUCCUGAAUGUGCCAAAGAUCAAAGGCAGCCACACAGCGAUGAAGACGGGGAUGCUGGCGGGAGCUGCUGCCGCAGAGGCGGUGCUGGGAGGCAGUGCUUCUGGCCAAGAGGUGAAAAAGUACGAAGCGGACGUCCGUUCGUCGUGGGUUUGGGACGAGCUGAUGCGGGUCCGGAACUUCAAGCCAGCCUGGCAUGCUGGGAUGUGGCCAGGGCUGAGCUACGGCGGCAUGACACUGAUCAACCCCUUUCUGUUCUUUGUAUUCUCUGUCCUGGUUGAGGAGCCCUGGACUUUCCGGUGGUCGAAGAAAGACAGCGACUACACGAAGCCAGCAGCUGACUGCCAGAAGAUUGAGUAUCCAAAGCCGGAUGGCGUGUUCUCCUUCGAUCUGCUGGAAAACCUAGCUCGAAGUGGGGUCAACCAUGAGCACGACCAGCCUGCGCACCUCAAAGUGAAAGACGAGCACGCGCAAGUGCCCCUGGGAGUCUCCCUGCCGCUCUAUGAUGGGCCCGAGGGGCGUUUUUGCCCUGCGAAGGUCUACGAGUAUGUGCCAGAUGAGGAGGCAGAAGGAAAAAUGAAAUUGCAGAUCAAUGCGCAGAACUGCGAGUUCAUCAACUGGACCGUUCCUGAAGGUGAACUUUAUCUCAGCCUUCCUGGUGGCCUUGGUGUCAUUGUCGACGAGGAACGGAAGGCAUAUGCAGUGGGGCUGAAGCGUCAGGAGCACCUGGCAGCUCGGGACCCGCACCGGAGGUCUUUGAUGCAGACAGGUUCAGUGAACACGGCUUUUCCGUCGAGCUUCAGUUGGCUGCGGGAGAGGCCACAGUGUCUGGACUACGUGCACAACCAGGGCGACUGCGGAGCCUGCUACAUGUUUGCCGCUUUGGACUCCCUGUCGGAUCGCCACUGCAUCGACGCAACCAACGCUUCACGACUUGGCAAAGUGGAUCAUCUGUCUGUGCAGAUGGCCUUGCUCUGCGAGCCUUUAGGCCGCCAGUGUUCAGGCGGCUGGGCAGACGUGGGCUUCAACUACUCUGUGUAUUUUGGCCUGCAGACGGCUUCGAAGUGGCCCUACGAGCGGAGCUGCCUCUCAGACUCCGAGUGUCAGUUCGGAAAGCAGUGCUUCUCCCCCUCGAGCUAUGGAUGUCCAAGCUUCUUCUCGCAGGAAGAGCUGGACGGAAUUGCCACAUUCAGCGAUGCUUUGCGAGUGACGAAGCACAAGUGCGAGACUUCGCAGCUUGAAGAUCCUGAUAGCUGCAAGGUUUGGGCAGACACCAUGUUUGCCAUGUCGCCAACAAUGGUCUUCAUGCCAGAGAGCUGCUUCUGCGCAGAGCUCGUGGCGGACUGGGAGACGCGGCUCACCCAAGACCAAGAAGAGAGGUUCCAUGCCAGCAAGAACGCACCCUGCAGCAGCGAGCCAAGCGGCGAAGCGGCUGAGCAUCGCCGCGAGGACGAUGAUGACGAUGAGGAGAACAGUGGGUGUCCCGCCAAGUUUGCGAUUUUGGAUGAGGCUUCUGACGGACAUGGAUUGAAUCUUGGCAGGUUCAAUUUCUUCCAUUGGCUUUCCAGCCUCUUCUUUGGAAGUCCGGAGGAGGAGCAGUACCACUACAUCGUCAACCAGAAGGAUGUUUUCAAAAUGGAGAUCUACAACGAUGGCCCUUUCUACACCAGCUACUAUGUCUAUGAGGACUUUACCUGGUUCUUCCAGUUCUGGCCUGAGCAUGGCUACAACUAUCAGUGGGGUGCCAUGCAGGGUGGCCAUGCGGUCGUCCUCAUCGGCUGGGAAAGCUUGAUGGCAAACUUGAAGAUGAGCUUUGCAAGGAUGAGCGCCCUCGAGCCGCCACCUGGCCUUGCUCCUCCUCCAGGCCUCGUGCCAAUGUUUCCAGAGGCGGAUCAAGCUGCUGGGCAUCGUGAGGACAUUGUUGCAGCUCCAAUUCCGGCGGGCUUGAUCUGCCGGUCGGACACAUCACCUCUCGACGAGAAAGCGAUCGUGAAGUGUGACUCGUUCAAGGGAAGUGAUGACGCCUCCGAAAGUGAGGUAACAAGGACUCCGUCUGUGGAGUCGCACAGAUCCCGCGACUCUACGUUCGACGAGAUUUUGAUUGCGCCGAGCAUCGGAUCAUUUGGACACCCCGAGAUGUGCAGCCGCCCAUGCGUGUACUUCACUUGGGGUCCAUGUCCGAAGGCAGCCUAUUGUGGAUUCUGUCAUUUGGCUCAUCGCGAGCCUAUUGGCAAGUUGGACAAAAGGCAGCGGAAGAUCUUCCAGAAGCUGGGUGAGGCUGAAAUGAUUGAGUUGCUCCUUCCUCACAUGCUGGAGCGGUCGAAGCGGUUUCAAUCAGCAGAUGAUGCCAACGAGGUGUUGGACGUUCUUGCACGGAGGCUGCAAGAUCUCGCGCCAACUGGGGAUGCAAUUCAAUCGAUCACCACCCGGAAGGUCGACAAGUUGGGCUACGUCCUGAAGCAAAUGCCGUUCCACGCGUUGGCGAGUCUGAUCUUCGCUCGCAGCGACUUCGACACGGACUUCCUGGACGAUCUGACCCUGGCGACAGCCCGACUUCGUGCCAAGCUGCCUGCGGCCACCAGCAACGACGGGUCCUCUCUGCACUGGUUCUGA